AUGAAUACUUCCUCAUCGGCGGGCUCAAAGCUGGAGGUGUCCCUGACAGGUCCCACCAAGGCUUUUAUGGUUGAGUUGCUGGUCUGGAACGGGUCGCCCUUCAAAGAUCACUGGGCGUAUUAUGUUCGGUCGCACGCGGACCCUGAUAUCGGCGUAAAGAUACACGCGACCGGCAAUGUGAGAAGUGGCUUCGAGUUCGAGAUUAAGCGGAGUGAAAACUUGCAAACAACCGAUGACAUUCCUUCAACAAGGGUCCCGUUGCAGUGGGUCGACGAAGGGUACUUUGAUGAGAAGGCUAUGCUCAACGAUGGGGAAUACAAAGUCGACAAUUUGCCUGUCUGUCGGUUCGAGAAGAGUGUUUACGAGAUUCAAGUUCCAGGGAAAAGUCUGAACACAGUCAGUGAUGGGCCCAAACCAAGUAGGAAAGUUAUUCAGAGGGAUUGUCAGACAUGGGUUGUCGAAUCUGCCGAUCAACUGUGCCGUGACAACAUUUUUAGCGAGGAGGUUGCCGCUUAUCUUCACGCAAUCAAACAAUAA